UAGACAUCACGUUUACUUGCUUGGGAGGCGGUGUCACAAGCUAUUGGCUGCGUCAUCACGUCUCGCGAAGCACGCGUUCCCAUAGUAACAAACCAGCCGACGAACCGAGCGACUGGCAGCCAUCUGUAGAUUCGAAAUGUCUAAGGGAAAGAACAUGGCCAAUAAGGUUCCGUAUGGGCACCCGAAGCAGAAGGAGAGACUGUGCAUCCGGUACAAGUGUGCGCUCGCAAACACCAUUACAGAUGUGCUGAGGCAGCGCCCGGGCUGGACUGAAGUGAGAGACGAUGGUGACUGGGACUUUUAUUGGUGUGACGUUGGUUGGUUGCGGGAAAACUUUGACCAUAUCUACAUGGAGGAACACGUUCGAAUUUGCCACUUCCGAAACCACUAUGAGCUGACAAGGAAGAAUUUCAUGGUGAAAAAUCUGAAGCGUUUCCGGAAGCAGCUGGAACGAGAGUCAGGCAGAGCAGAGGCUGCAAAAUGUGACUUUUUCCCUAAAACAUUUGAGCUGCCAGCAGAAUAUCAUCUCUUUGUGGAGGAAUUCCGCAGGAAUCCUGGGAUCACAUGGAUCAUGAAACCUGUGGCCAGGUCCCAAGGCAGGGGGAUAUUCCUCUUCAGGAGACUCAAGGACAUCACGGAUUGGAGGAAGGAUGGGGGACGCCCAGAUGAGCAGAGAGAGGACAUUCCUGUUGAGAAUUAUGUCGCUCAGCGGUAUAUAGAAAAUCCAUAUUUGAUUGGAGGAAGAAAGUUUGAUCUGCGUAUUUAUGUUCUUUUGACCUCGUAUCUUCCAUUGAAGGCCUGGCUGUAUCGGGAUGGCUUUGCACGCUUCUCUAACACCCGAUUCACCCUCAACAGUAUUGAUGACCAGUAUAUACACUUAACCAAUGUGGCUGUGCAGAAAACAGCACCGGAUUAUGAUCCAGAAAAGGGAUGCAAGUGGAUGAUGCAGCAGUUGCGUCAAUUCCUGACUGCACGGCACGGCCCAGAAACUGUAGAGAUUCUCUUCAAUAAUAUAGACAAUAUCAUCAUCAAGAGCCUGCAGAGCGUCCAGAAGAUCAUUAUCAAUGACAAGCAUUGCUUCGAGCUCUACGGAUAUGAUAUACUGCUGGACGAGGAGCUUAAGCCGUGGCUGAUAGAGGUGAAUGCCUCUCCCUCUCUCACAGCCAGUAGCCAGGAUGAUCACGAGCUGAAGUGUCGCCUCUUGGAGGAUGUGCUGCAUGUGGUGGAUAUGGAGGGCAGACUAACAGGGAGGGAAAAGCGUGUUGGGGGCUUUGAUCUGAUGUGGAAUGAUGGGGCAGUAUCCAGGGACGAUGGCCAGAAUGACACCCUCAGCAAUGGAGAGUUUGUGGCAAACACACAUUUAGGCUGUGUUAAUGACAGAAAGAAACAGCUCCAGCAAGUUCUGAAACCAGCUCAUGUUCGGAAGCCAUGAUAAGUUACUGAACCUGGGGCCGACAACAACACCCCUUGGCACAUGGCUCAGCCACACAAAACUGUAUUUGCAAAGACACUAUGAGCAAUUCUGUACAGCACAAGUUAUGAGCUGGGGGUCCAGCAGCCUCUGGGUGGCACCACACUAUAUACAGAAUAACUAUGGACAGAGCAUUAGCCACGCAUAGAAAUGUCUAUCAUUUCCAGUCCAUGUACUGUAAGUUCUUGUAUUUGAUAUAGUUGGAUCAGUACAGUAGGAAUUAGACUCUUGUGUGAGGGCCUAAGGAAAGGAUGAUCUGCACUGUGUGUUGAUGUCUCAUUUGCCCAGUAACUCUUUAAUCUCUUCUGGGGAGUGUUCCAUCACCUCAAAGCCCUUCAACUCAGGCUUUCAUGCCAACAGAAACAUUACAGUGUUGGUGCCAUGCUAUUCCAGUAUAAAGCUCAGCACUAGGGCCAGGCUGUUUGUGGGUACCUGGUGGGAACAUAUCAGUGUUAUUUGGAGGGGCACCUGCUCUGAUGUAUAUGGGCUCAUCCUAGUAACAUAGUAAGUAAGGUUGAAAAAAGACACACGUCCAUCAAGUUCAACCUUUUUUUUUUUUUUUUUUUUAA